AUGAGCGCCAACUCUUGGCAGAUCUUUGGCCUGAUUCUUGGAUUUCCUCGACAGCGUUCUCUUUUGUCGACUUGCCUCCGGCGGGGUGAGCUCAGCAAGGGCUUGAAGCUCUGUGCCGAGAGCGGCCAGGCUUGGCGAACGGCUCUUUUGCAAGGCAUGAUGCCCUUCGCCAAGGCUGACAAUGUGAGCUAUGACAUCGCAGAAGCAGCAGGUCCAGAUGAGGAGACUGAGGAAAUGCUUGGUCUGAUGAAAGAAGAGCAUACAGACUGGACCGAGUUUGGCCAACCAAAGCACUACAGCCAUGGCAAUCCCUGGCGAAAGCUUUGGAAGGAGCAAUGCUUCGAUUCGGCUGUGCGGAAUCUCCAAUCAGGGAGUACGAUGGACCUUUGCGAACUCUCCAUCUACGGCUUCUGCUCUGGCAACUAUGAUGCCCUGAUGCCGUACUGCGGCACUUUCUGGGCAGAUCGCUGCUGGGGUGAACUGCACUGCAUCAAGGAAUGGCUAGUUGAGCGGCUGCUUGAGGAUGGGCAUGCUUGGUGUGGGGAGGCAUCCCUUUGCGAAAUUGAUGAGGAUCCGGAUGAGCGGGACAUUCGCAGUAGAAAACUAUGUGGGCGGCUUGAUGCCAGGCUGAGUCCUGAUCUUGGUCGCGCAGUUGCAGAAGAGGUUCAACAGGCACUGUCUCGUGUGUUUCCUCGAACCUCCGGCGACGCAUACUGGGAGGUGCCUGAAAGCGUUUCAGAGCAGUUUAGUUUGCUGCAGGCUCUUUUGAUUGAGAGCGCGUGGAUACCACAGCGUGGCCAGGCAGCCCUUGAUCUUCUUCGCAGCUGGCUUCAGGGAGGCAGAGCGCCUUUCCUGGUGAAGCAGUUUGCAUCUUACUUCGCCCUUUGGCAGAAGGAGAUGCUUCAGGUACCGCGCAGAAUAUCAGAGGUGCAGGAGACGCAGGAUGCUUGUGAUCCACAAGUAGAUGACAUCAUUUGGGAGCAUGUGCAAGAGCUCAUUUUGGCAGCUUCUGGGCCUCACUGGCAAGAGCAGUGUCUCCAUGGCAAGGCAGUGGAGAUUAUACUUGAGCAUUGCGCCGUGUUACAGCCUGAACUUCGCCGUGAGGCCUUUGCCGAAUUGCUGCUGCGAGUGGGCAGUGUUGGCGCAGAUGCGUCAGUGGCUUGUGCAGUGGCUCUUGCCAGGGGUGAGUUUACCGCACAAGCGCAGGUGAUGAAGCGUUGCUUUGCGGUUUUUUGGUCUCGCUUUCCAUUUGAGGUCUUUGCAGCCAUGGCAGGACUGGUUCACAGGGUCUUGAAACUGGAUGAUCAGUCUACCAACGAGGCGCUCCUGGACGGUGUCCCUGCAGGUGUUCAGGAAGAUGCCCAUGCAGAGGACAUGGUCCACUUGAUCCUGUGCCUGUUGGUCUUCUGGACCAUUGCCAGAGACAAAGCUUCAGAAGGUGAAAGUGUAGAACAAGCGCAAGAAGGGCUCAAGGCGUUGGUUGGCCAGGACAUGCAGACUCCCGGCUUGUUGGAAAUACUUGCCGGCGAUCCCCGUGAAGCUUUCCUGAGGGCAGCCCUUGGUACUGCCAUUGUGCCGCUUCUUUCAGACACCUUGCUCUGCCUUUGUGUCAAGGAACCAGCUCUUGCUCUGCCAAUGCUCCCACCCUUGCAGGCAUCCGUGCUUUGGACCGACGCCUUCAAUUCGGUGGCCGCCAACAACCUCUCGGACCUGGAAUGGUUCUUGCUCUUGUAUGUGAAGCACAAUGCAUGGAAAGUCGCGUUUCGAGAGGCCUCUGCUCAACAAGCCUUGGCGGCAAAGCCAACGCUUGUGCGUUUUGGAGCUGCAGUUCAACCAGGUCCUGGAAGUGGGCACGCAGCCGAAGCAGAGAAGGCUGCUCACGAGAGCAAAAUUGCGCGAGAAGCAUUGCUGGACUGGGCUCAAGAUCGCCUAGCCCGGCCACGCCCAUUGGUGGAGCCGCAGCCGCGAUCGCAGACGGCUUUGCCGGAGGAGCAUGUUCAAAACCUUCGAAAAGCUUUGGCUUGGAGAGCAUUGCUUCCAUUGAUCAACCUCUUCGAAGCUGAGCUUGACUUCCAGGGAGUGAUGCAAGACUUGUUCGUGUCCAUUGAUGAAAGUCCUUGGAUGCUGAAGAUGCUGGAUCAACGUCAUGCACGAGCUCUUCUGUCGCGUGUGGCACAUAUUCCGAUGUCUUCUGAAUGGCCUCCCCCCUGGCUCAAAGCAGCAUAA